AUGAAUCUCAACUUCACCUCUCCUCUCCAUCCGGCAUCUUCUCAGAGGCCCACGUCGUUUUUCAUAGAGGACAUUCUGCUACACAAGCCUAAGCCGCUGAGAGAGGUGGCCCCUGACCACUUUGCCAGCUCUCUGGCCUCUAGGGUGCCUUUGCUAGACUAUGGCUACCCCCUUAUGCCCACGCCCACCCUCCUCACCCCUCAUGCCCAUCACCCUCUGCAUAAGGGGGACCACCAUCAUCCUUAUUUCCUGACCACCUCUGGGGUGCCGGUGCCAGCGCUGUUCCCACACCCGCAGCAUGCAGAGCUGCCGGGGAAACACUGCCGCCGCCGCAAAGCUCGCACGGUGUUUUCUGACUCACAGCUCUCCGGCCUGGAGAAAAGGUUCGAAAUCCAGCGCUACCUGUCGACUCCAGAACGCGUGGAACUGGCCACAGCCCUCAGCCUCUCCGAGACUCAGGUGAAAACGUGGUUCCAGAACAGGCGGAUGAAGCAUAAAAAGCAGCUGAGGAAAACUCAAGACGAACCCAAAGCCGCAGACGGGCCUGAGAGCACUGAGGGCAGCCCUCGUGCCCCAGAGGCCGCGGAAAAAGUCUGA